AUGGCAAGCAAGCGGGCCACCACACGGGAUCUCCGGACGAUGUACGAUGACGAGCCCUCCAUGUCCCUGGAGCUCUUCGGCUACCACGGCGUGGUCGUCGACGGUGAUGACGACGACACUGCCACUGCCCUGCCCCAGCUCGCCUUUGUCGACAACUUCAAAGGCGGGUGUGGGUCUUCAGCCGACUACUACAGCUGGGCAUACAAUGCCUCGGUUGGAACUUCGGGUGCCUGCUCCAGCUCCAGCUCGUCGGUGCUCAGCUUUGAGCAUGCCGGCGGUGUCGGUCAUCAUCUGGCUUAUAACGCUGGGGCAGGUGAUGAUGACUGCACGCUCUGGAUGGACGGCAUGGCCGACCAGCACUGUCCAGCCAAGUUUGGGUUUGUGAACCCAGGGUCGGCCGAUGUUGGCCCAGAAAUCCAGGAGAGCAACAUCAAGCCGCCAGCCAAGGCGUCCCAGAAGCGUUUGUGCUCGGGCGGUGAGACGCAAACCGUGGCUAAGAAGCAGUGUGGAGGAGGCAGGAAGAGCAAGGCCAAAGUUGCCCCUACCAAGGGGGAUCCUCAAAGCGCUGUUGCAAAGGUCCGAAGAGAGCGCAUCAGUGAGAGGCUCAAAGUUCUGCAGGAUCUUGUUCCCAAUGGCACGAAGGUGGACAUGGUCACCAUGCUAGAGAAGGCAAUCAAUUAUGUCAAGUUUCUGCAGCUGCAAGUCAAGGUGUUGGCGACCGAUGAGUUCUGGCCGGUGCAAGGAGGGAAAGCCCCGGAGCUGUCUCAAGUGAAGGACGCCCUGGACGCUAUCCUGUCUCAGAAUCAAUCUUAGGCUAUGCAUCCAUGUCAAGUUUUUGCCAAGUUUUAGUUGAUCUUGGCGCAUGUAAGAAACAAAAGAGAGCACAAGCUCUGUAAACAUACAUGGCAGUCGAUCUUGGAGCUGGGAACUAGUCAUAAUGGAUCAUGCUUUUGCUUCAGCUUUUUUUAUAGAUCAAUUCUUCUUGUUUUGUGAAUUAGAGACUAG